UGGAAAAACUUUAAGGAUUAUCAUGUUGAAAGCUGCAUUUAUAUCACAGUAUGGCAAAAUGCUUAAAUUUACAUUAGUCAUUGGAUGCAUUAUAAUAAUUAAAGGACAAUCUACAAAUACAGAAUGUCAGAUCGGUACAGAUCAGUCAUCAACAACUAAAUCCCCAGACUCCUUACCAACAAAAACAAUUGAAGCGUCAGAAACUUUAACUACUCCAUCAGUUAGAGUAUCACCAUCUGAAUUUCCAGAUAUUUUAUCAAGUUCUGUAUCUCCAGGAAGUAUACCAUCAUUUACAGAAACACCAAAUCAAACACCAUCAUUUACAGAAUCAUUUACAAAUCCCUCAACAUCUGAAGCUCCAGAAGUGUCAACCAAAACCACUACAUCUAUAUCUCCAGAGUCAUCAACAGAUCUCUCAUUAACACCUGAAGCUACAAACACUUCAUCUACACCUUCAAAUACAGUAUCACCAUCUACUUCAUCAGUGUCAUCCACAGAUCACACGGCAUCUGAAUCCUCAGACAUUACAACACAAACAAUUACAGAAUCACCUUAUACUUCCCCAGAAUUAUCUACAGACCAGUCAUCAACAUUUGAAACCCCAGAAACUUUAACUUUAGCAUCAGUUACAGUAUCACCAUCUACUUUAUCAGAAUCAUCUACAGAUGGAUCAUCAGCCUCUGAAUCUCCAGAUGUGUCAACCAAAACCACUACAAGAUUAUCAUAUAAUUUACCAGAAUCAUCUACAUACCAGUCAUCAAAAUUUGAAGCAUCAGAAACAUUAACUUUAUCAUCAGUUACAGUUUCAUUCUCUACUUCACCAGAAUCAUUUAUGGAUCCAUCACCAGCCAUUGAAUCUACAGAAACACGUUUAACAACAUCGGGUCCUAAAUCUCUCAUCACUUCACCAGAAUCAUCUACAGAUCACUCAACAUCUGAAUCUCAAAAAGUGUCAACCAAAACCACCACAACAUUAUCAUUUGUAUCCCCAGAGUCAUCAACAGAUCUCUCAAUAUCACCUGAAUCUCCAGACACUUUAUCUACACCUUCACAUACAGUCUCACCAUCUACUUUACCAGAAUCAUCUACAAAUCACUCAGCAUCUGAAUCUCCAGACAUUACAACAGAAUCAAUUACAGCAUCACCUUAUACUUCCCCAAAAUUAUUUACAGACCAGUCAUCAACGUUUGAAGCAUCAGAAACUUUACCUUUAGAAUCAGUUACAGUAUCAACAUCUUCUUUACCAAAAUCAUCUACAGAUGAAUCAUCAACCUCUGAAUCUACUGAAACAUUUUCAACAACAUUGGUUCCCAUAUCAUGCUUUGCUUCACCAGAAUCAUCUACAGAUCACACAGCAUCUGAAUCUCCAGAAGUGUCAACCGAAACCACUACAACAUUAUCAUAUAAUUCACCAGAAUCAUCUACAUACCAGUCAUCAACAUUUGAAGCAUCAGAAACAUUAACUUUAUCAUCUACUUCACCAGAAUCAUUUAUGGAUCCAUCAUCAACCUCUGAAUCUACAGAAACAUUUUUAACAACAUUGGUUCCCAAAUCUCUCAUCACUUCACCAGAAUCAUCUACAGAUCACUCAACUUAUGAAGCUCCAGAAGUGUCAACCAAAACCACUACAUCUAUAUCCCCAGAGUCAUCAACAGAUCUCUCAUUAACACCUGAAGCUCCAGACACUAUGUCUACACCGUCAGAUACAGUAUCACAAUCUACUUCACCAGAAUCAUCUACAGAACACAAAGUACCUGAAUCUCCAGAAGCUUCAACACAAGAAAUUACAGCAUCACCUUAUACUUCCCCAGUAGUAUCUACUUACGAGUCAUACACAAUUGAAGCCUCAGAAACCUUAACUUUAACCUUAACGUUACCUUCAUCAUCAGUUACAGUUUCACCAUUCACUUUACCAGAAUCAUCUAUGGAUCUAUCAUCAAACUUUGAAUCUACAGAAAGAAUUUUAACAACAUUGGUUCCUAAAUCUCUCAUCACUUCACCAGAAUCAUCUACAGAUCACUCAACAUAUGAAACUCCAGAAGUGUCAACCAAAACUACUACAUCUAUAUCCCCAGAGACAUCAACAGAUCUCUCAUUAACACCUGAAUCACCAGACACUUCAUAUACACCAUCAGAUACAGUCUCACCAUCUACAUCACCAGAAUCAUCUAUUUAUCCAUCAUCAACCUUUGAAUCUCCAGACACUUUAUCUACACCUUCAGAUGCAGUAUCACCAUCUACUACACCAGAAUCAUCUACAGAUCGCUCAAUAUCUGAAUCUCCAGAAGUGUCAACCAAAAUCACUUCAACAUUAUCAUAUAAUUCACCAGAAUCAUCUACAUACCAGUCAUCAACAUUUGAAGCAUCAGAAACAUUUAAUUUAUCAUCAGUUACAGUUUCACCAUCUACUACACCAGAAUCAUCUACAGAUCGCUCAACAUCUGAAUCUCCAGAAGUGUCAACCAUAACUACUACAACAUUAUCAUACAUAUCCACAGAGUCAUCAACUGAUCUCUCAAUAUCACCUGAAUCUCCAGACACUUCAUCUACACCUUCAGAUACAGUCUUACUAAUUACUUCACCAGAAUCAUCUACAGAUCACACAACAUCUGAAUAUACAGACAUUACAACACAAACAAUUACAGCAUCACCUUAUACUUCCACAGAAUUAUCUAUAGACCAGUCAUCAACAUUUGAAGCCUCAGAAACCUUACCUUUAGAAUCAGCUACAGUAUCAACAUUAUCAAUAUCAUCUUCAGAUGAAUCAUUAAACUCUGAAUCUACAGAAACAUUUUCAACAACACUGGUUCCGAAAUCAUGCUUUACUUUACCAGAAUCAUCUACAGAUCAAUCAACAUCUGAAUCUCCAGAAGUGUCAACCAAAACUACUACAACAUUAUCAUAUAUAUCUCCAGAGUCAUCAAGAGAUCUUUCAUUAACACCUGAAUCACCAGACACUUCAUAUACACCAUCAGAUACAGUAUCACCAUCUACAUCACCAGAAUCAUCUAUUUAUCCAUCAUCAACCUUUGAAUCUUCAGAACCUUUUUCAACACGAUCAAUUACCGAAUCACUCAUCACUUCACCAAAAUCAUCUACAGAUCACUCAACAUCUGAAUCUCCAGAAGUGUCAACCAUAACUACUACAACAUUAUCAUACAUAUCCACAGAGUCAUCAACAGAUCUCUCAAUAUCACCUGAAUCUCCAGACACUUCAUCUACACCUUCAGAUACAGUCAUACUAAUUACUUCACCAGAAUCAUCUACAGAUCACACAACAUCUGAAUAUACAGACAUUACAACACAAACAAUUACAGCAUCACCUUCUACUUCCACAGAAUUAUCUAUAGACCAGUCAUCAACAUUUGAAGCCUCAGAAACGUUACCUUCAUCAUCAGUAAAAGUUUCACCAUUCAUAUCACCAGAAUCAUCUAUGGAUCCAUCAUCAACCUUUGAAUCUACAGAAACAUUUUCAACAACAUUGGUUCCCAAAUCACGAUUUACUUCACCAGAAUCAUCUACAGAUCACUCAACAUCUGAAUCUCAAGAAGUGGCAACCAAAACCACUACAACAGUAUCAUUUAUAUCCCCAGAGUCAUCAACAGAUCUCUCAUUUACACCUGAAUCUCCAGACACUUUAUCUACACCUUCAGAUGCAGUAUCACCAUCUACUACGCCAGAAUCAUCUACAGAUCGCUCAAUAUCUGAAUCAGAGUAUCACCAUCUACUACACCAGAAUCAUCUACAGAUCACUCAACAUCUGAAUCUCCAGAAGUUUACAGAAUCACUCAUCACUUCACCAAAAUCAUCUACAGAUUACUCAACAUCUGAAUCUCAAGAAAUACAGUCUUACCAUCUACUUCACCAGAAUCAUAUACAGAUAUCUCCAGAAGUGUCAACCAAAAUCACUUCAACAUUAUCAUAUAAUUCACCAGAAUCAUCUACAUACCAGUCAUCAACAUUUGAAGCAUCAGAAACAUUUAAUUUAUCAUCAGUUACAGUUUCACCAUCUACUACACCAGAAUCAUCUACAGAUCGCUCAACAUCUGAAUCUCCAGAAGUGUCAACCAAAACUACUACAACAUUAUCAUAUAUAUCUCCAGAGUUAUCAACAAAUCUCUCAUUAACACCUGAAUCUCCAGACACUUUAUCUACACCUUCAGAUGCAGUAUCACCAUCUACUACACCAGAAUCAUCUACAGAUCACUCAACAUCUGAAUCUCCAGAAGUGUCAACCAAAACUACUACAACAUUAUCAUAUAUAUCUCCAGAGUCAUCAACAGAUCUCUCAUUAACACCUGAAUCACCAGACCCUUCAUAUACACCAUCAGAUACAGUAUCACCAUCUACUACACCAAAAUCAUCUAUUUAUCCAUCAUCAACAUCUGAAUCUUCAGAAUCUUUUUCAACACGAUCAGUUACAGAAUCACUCAUCACUUCACCAAAAUCAUCUACAGAUUACUCAACAUCUGAAUCUCAAGAAGUGACAACCAAAACUACUACAACAUUACAAUAUUCUUCGCCAGAGUCAUCAACAGAUCUCUCAAUAUCACCUGAAUCUCCAGACACUUCGUCUACACCUUCAGAUACAGUCUUACCAUCUACUUCACCAGAAUCAUAUACAGAUCACUCAACAUCUGAAUCUCCAGAAGUGUCAACCAAAACUACUACAACGUUAUCAUAUAUAUCUCCAGAGUCAUCAACAAAUCUCUCAUUAACACCUGAAUCUCCAGACACUUUAUCUACACCUUCAGAUGCAGUAUCACCAUCUACUACACCAGAAUCAUCUACAGAUCGCUCAACAUCUGAAUCUCCAGAAGUGUCAACCAAAAUCACUUCAACAUUAUCAUAUAAUUCACCAGAAUCAUCUACAUACCAGUCAUCAACAUUUGAAGCAUCAGAAACAUUUAAUUUAUCAUCAGUUACAGUUUCACCAUCUACUACACCAGAAUCAUCUACAGAUCGCUCAACAUCUGAAUCUCCAGAAGUGUCAACCAAAACUACUACAACAUUAUCAUAUAUAUCUCCAGAGUCAUCAACAAAUCUCUCAUUAACACCUGAAUCUCCAGACAUUUUAUCUACACCUUCAGAUGCAGUAUCACCAUCUACUACACCAGAAUCAUCUACAGAUCACUCAACAUCUGAAUCUCCAGAAGUGUCAACCAAAACUACUACAACAUUAUCAUAUAUAUCUCCAGAGUCAUCAACAGAUCUCUCAUUAACACCUGAAUCACCAGACCCUUCAUAUACACCAUCAGAUACAGUAUCACCAUCUACUACACCAGAAUCAUCUAUUUAUCCAUCAUCAACAUCUGAAUCUUCAGAAUCUUUUUCAACACGAUCAGUUACAGAAUCACUCAUCACUUCACCAAAAUCAUCUACAGAUUACUCAACAUCUGAAUCUCAAGAAGUGACAACCAAAACUACUACAACAUUACAAUAUUCUUCGCCAGAGUCAUCAACAGAUCUCUCAAUAUCACCUGAAUCUCCAGACACUUCGUCUACACCUUCAGAUACAGUCUUACCAUCUACUUCACCAGAAUCAUCUACAGAUCGCUCAACAUCUGAAUCUCCAGAAGUGUCAACCAAAACUACUACAACAUUAUCAUAUAUAUCUCCAGAGUCAUCAACAAAUCUCUCAUUAACACCUGAAUCUCCAGACACUUUAUCUACACCUUCAGAUGCAGUAUCACCAUCUACUACACCAGAAUCAUCUACAGAUCGCUCAACAUCUGAAUCUCCAGAAGUGUCAACCAAAACUACUACAACAUUAUCAUAUAUAUCUCCAGAGUCAUCAACAAAUCUCUCAUUAACACCCGAAUCUCCAGACACUUUAUCUACACCUUCAGAUGCAGUAUCACCAUCUACUACACCAGAAUCAUCUACAGAUCGCUCAAUAUCUGAAUCUCCAGAAGUGUCAACCAAAACCACUUCAACAUUAUCAUAUAAUUCACCAGAAUCAACUACAUACCAGUCAUCAACAUUGGAAGCAUCAGAAACAAUUAAUUUAUCAUCAGUUACAGUUUCACCAUCUACUUCACCAGAACCAUCUAUGGAUCCAGCAACAUCUGAAUCUCAAGAAGUGUCAACCAAAACUACUACAACAUUAUCAUAUAUAUCUCCAGAGUCAUCAACAAAUCUCUCAUUAACACCUGAAUCUCCAGACACUUUAUCUACACCUUCAGAUGCAGUAUCACCAUCUACUACACCAGAAUCAUCUACAGAUCCAGCAACAUCUGAAUCUCAAGAAGUGUCAACCAAAACUGCUACAACAUUAUCAUACAUAUCUCCAGAGUCAUCAACAGAUCUCUCAUUAACACCUGAAUUACCAGACACUUCAUCUACACCUUCAGAUACAGUCUUACCAUCUACUUCACCAGAAUCAUCUAUUUAUCUAUCAUCAACAUCUGAAUCUUCAGAAUCUUUUUUAACACGAUCAGUUACAGAAUCACUCAUCACUUCACCAAAAUCAUCUACAGAUCACUCAACAUCUGAAUCUCAAGAAGUGUCAACCAAAACUACUACAACAUUAUCAUACAUAUCCACAGAGUCAUCAACAGAUCUCUCAAUAUCACCUGAAUCUCCAGACACUUCAUCUACACCUUCAGAUACAGUCUUACCAUCUACUUCACCAGAAUCAUCUACAGAUCACUCAACAUCUGAAUCUCCAGAAGUGUCAACCAAAACUACUACAACAUUAUCAUAUAUAUCUCCAGAGUCAUCAACAAAUCUCUCAUUAACACCUGAAUCUCCAGACACUUUAUCUACACCUUCAGAUGCAGUAUCACCAUCUACUACACCAGAAUCAUCUACAGAUCGCUCAACAUCUGAAUCUCCAGAAGUGUCAACCAAAAUCACUUCAACAUUAUCAUAUAAUUCACCAGAAUCAUCUACAUACCAGUCAUCAACAUUUGAAGCAUCAGAAACAUUUAAUUUAUCAUCAGUUACAGUUUCACCAUCUACUUCACCAGAACCAUCUAUGGAUCCAGCAACAUCUGAAUCUCAAGAAGUGUCAACCAAAACUACUACAACAUUAUCAUAUAUAUCUCCAGAGUCAUCAACAAAUCUCUCAUUAACACCUGAAUCUCCAGACAUUUUAUCUACACCUUCAGAUGCAGUAUCACCAUCUACUACACCAGAAUCAUCUACAGAUCACUCAACAUCUGAAUCUCCAGAAGUGUCAACCAAAACUACUACAACAUUAUCAUAUAUAUCUCCAGAGUCAUCAACAGAUCUCUCAUUAACACCUGAAUCACCAGACCCUUCAUAUACACCAUCAGAUACAGUAUCACCAUCUACUACACCAGAAUCAUCUAUUUAUCCAUCAUCAACAUCUGAAUCUUCAGAAUCUUUUUCAACACGAUCAGUUACAGAAUCACUCAUCACUUCACCAAAAUCAUCUACAGAUUACUCAACAUCUGAAUCUCAAGAAGUGACAACCAAAACUACUACAACAUUACAAUAUUCUUCGCCAGAGUCAUCAACAGAUCUCUCAAUAUCACCUGAAUCUCCAGACACUUCGUCUACACCUUCAGAUACAGUCUUACCAUCUACUUCACCAGAAUCAUCUACAGAUCGCUCAACAUCUGAAUCUCCAGAAGUGUCAACCAAAACUACUACAACAUUAUCAUAUAUAUCUCCAGAGUCAUCAACAAAUCUCUCAUUAACACCUGAAUCUCCAGACACUUUAUCUACACCUUCAGAUGCAGUAUCACCAUCUACUACACCAGAAUCAUCUACAGAUCGCUCAACAUCUGAAUCUCCAGAAGUGUCAACCAAAACUACUACAACAUUAUCAUAUAUAUCUCCAGAGUCAUCAACAAAUCUCUCAUUAACACCCGAAUCUCCAGACACUUUAUCUACACCUUCAGAUGCAGUAUCACCAUCUACUACACCAGAAUCAUCUACAGAUCGCUCAAUAUCUGAAUCUCCAGAAGUGUCAACCAAAACCACUUCAACAUUAUCAUAUAAUUCACCAGAAUCAACUACAUACCAGUCAUCAACAUUGGAAGCAUCAGAAACAAUUAAUUUAUCAUCAGUUACAGUUUCACCAUCUACUUCACCAGAACCAUCUAUGGAUCCAGCAACAUCUGAAUCUCAAGAAGUGUCAACCAAAACUACUACAACAUUAUCAUAUAUAUCUCCAGAGUCAUCAACAAAUCUCUCAUUAACACCUGAAUCUCCAGACACUUUAUCUACACCUUCAGAUGCAGUAUCACCAUCUACUACACCAGAAUCAUCUACAGAUCCAGCAACAUCUGAAUCUCAAGAAGUGUCAACCAAAACUGCUACAACAUUAUCAUACAUAUCUCCAGAGUCAUCAACAGAUCUCUCAUUAACACCUGAAUUACCAGACACUUCAUCUACACCUUCAGAUACAGUCUUACCAUCUACUUCACCAGAAUCAUCUAUUUAUCUAUCAUCAACAUCUGAAUCUUCAGAAUCUUUUUUAACACGAUCAGUUACAGAAUCACUCAUCACUUCACCAAAAUCAUCUACAGAUCACUCAACAUCUGAAUCUCAAGAAGUGUCAACCAAAACUACUACAACAUUAUCAUACAUAUCCACAGAGUCAUCAACAGAUCUCUCAAUAUCACCUGAAUCUCCAGACACUUCAUCUACACCUUCAGAUACAGUCUUACCAUCUACUUCACCAGAAUCAUCUACAGAUCACUCAAUAUCUGAAUCUCCAGAAGUGUCAACCAAAACUACUACAACAUUAUCAUAUAUAUCUCCAGAGUCAUCAACAAAUCUCUCAUUAACACCUGAAUCUCCAGACACUUUAUCUACACCUUCAGAUGUAGUAUCACCAUCUACUACACCAGAAUCAUCUACAGAUCGCUCAACAUCUGAAUCUUCAAAAGUGUCAACCAAAACCACUUCAACAUUACAAUAUUUUUCGCCAGAGUCAUCAACAGAUCUCUCAAUAUCACCUGAAUCUCCAGACACUUCGUCUACACCUUCAGAUACAGUCUUACUAAUUACUUCACCAGAAUCAUCUACAGAUCACACAACAUCUGAAUAUCCAGACAUUACAAUACAAAGAAUUACAGCAUCACCUUAUACUUCCACAGAAUUAUCUAUAGACCAGUCAUCAACAUUUGAAGCCUCAGAAACGUUACCUUCAUCAUCAGUAAAAGUUUCACCAUUCACAUCACCAGAAUCAUCUAUGGAUCCAUCAUCAACCUUUGAAUCUACAGAAACAUUUUCAACAACAUUGGUUCCAGCAUCAAGAUUUACUUCACCAGAAUCAUCUACAGAUCACUCAACAUCUGAAUCUCCAGAAGUGUCAACCAAAACUACUACAACAUUAUCAUAUAUAUCUCCAGAGUCAUCAACUGAUCUCUCAUUAACACCUGAAUCUCCAGACACUUCAUUUACACCUUCAGAUACAGUCUCACUAUCUACUUCACCAGAAUCAUCUAUUUAUCCAUCAUCAACCUCCGAAUCUUUAGAAUCUUUUUCAACACCAUCAGUUACAGAAUCACUCAUCACUUCACCAGAAUCAUCUACAGAUCACUCAACAUCUGAAUCUCAAGAAGUGACAACCAACAUCACUACAGCAUUAUCAUAUUCUUCCCCAGAGUCAUCAACAGAUCUCUCCUUAACCCCUGAAGCUCCAGUCACUUUAUCUACACCUUUAGAUACAGUAUCACCAUCUACUUCACCAGAAUCAUCUACAGAUCACACAGCAUCUGAAUCUCCAGAAGCUUCAACACAAGAAAUUACAGCAUCACCUUAUACUUCCCCAGAAUCAUCUACAGAACAGUCAUCAACAUCUGAAGCCUCAGAAACAUUACAUACGUAUGAAUCAUUAACCUCUGAAUCUCCAGAAACCUCACCACAAAUUAUUACAGCAUCACCAUAUACUUCCUCAAUAAAACCGACAACCAAUGUUCACUAUCAGUCUACAGCAUUACCUUCCUCUCCAUCAUAUACAACACAAGAAAUAUAUCUACCCUCCACAUUUGCAUCACUACAAUCAACAACCAAAACUUUACCAGCUAAAGAUUCUCCCUCUCCAUCUCCAAAUAUUCCUGUAACAACUAUAUCUUCAUCUCUCUCUUUUCUCUCGACAUCUAUAUCUCAGUUUACUCCAACCACAUCUUUAAAAACGGCCUCAACAACCACUAUUUCUCCACUAACUACUAUUCCAUCAAUAAUCACACUACCAACCACGCUUCCAGGAACAGCAACAAAUAAAAAUACCCAGUCAACCACAAUAAACACCCAUCCAAUGACAAUUGCCUCUAUAACUCCCACAAUCUCAUUGACCUCCCCAUCCAAAAUAAACAGUUCUCCAGCAACAAACACCCAAACUCCUUCUCUUUUGACAGUGACACCAACUACAACCACCUCUCACAUUACAUCAGAUAUCUCUCCAAUAACAUCAACCAUAGCAAAUACUCCAAACACAAAUACAAUAAUUGCUGCAAGUCCUUCAACAACCACAUCUUCAACAAGCAAUACAGCUUCAUCUUUUCUAUCAAAUUCAUCAGCCCAAUUUAUGACAAGUAUGUAUGCAACAAAUAUUCCUCCAACAAAUGUUCACACCACUACUACCACCCUUGCAACAGCAUCUACAAUAGCAACAACGAACACAACUAACAAACUAACCCCCACAUCCUCUGUAAUUACCACUUCAAAAACCAACACGGUCACAUUUCCCUCAAGCAUGACCACACCACAAUCUCUAUUUGUAACAUCUAUUGCUCAACCCUCAACAGCUCUAGGAACUCACCCAAACAUAUCUACCACCACUAUUAGUCCAACAGCAUUAACAAAUAUAACCACCUUUACAAAAAGUCUUUCAACUCUUUCCACAACAACCAGCACAACCACAAACUCUGCAUCAACACCAGCAACUCUUCCAAAUGCAACAACCACUACCACUGGACCAGGAACAACGGCCAUCACAAGCAUUUCUCAAAAAACAACAGCUAUCAUGCCAACAAAUAACAUGUCUUCAACAUCAAUGACCACAACCAUCUCUCCAAAAACAUCUUCACAUUUUUCAAUAAACAUCACAAGCACCUAUGGAAAUACAAACACAGCUUCUUUUACGGCAAUUAUAACAACUGCCUCUACAAAAACAACUACAACUCCUCCAACUACCACCUCUCCCCAAACAAGUCGACCACCAACAGCUUCACCGUCAACAAACUCUACUGCAUUUGCUCAAGCAGUGGUUAGGAUGCUAUCUGUAACUGAACUAAGCAACGAUACAAUCAUUGAAUAUAUAGAUCAGUUUUCCAGACUCAUCCAAGCUAAGAUUAAUGGAAAGGUUACGAUUACAGUGAAGAAGAUUCAAAAAGUCACGCCUUAAAGAUCACCAGUGGCAGUUCUCUUCGGUGGCAAAGAUGUUGUUUAUUGUGGAUAUUAAAGCAAAGCAGUUAAAAACAUUGCAAUUUUAAACUUAUUGUGUGGACUUGACAUAAAUUGGCAAAAAAAAAAAAAAAAAAAAAAAAAAAAAAACUGGGUUAAAAUCUUAAACUCGACAAUGCCUUAUAGUUCCCUGUAUCUGCAUGCUAUUUACUUUAUACAAAAAUCAAAUGUAAAAAGUGUAUAGUAUCAUAGCUGUUCUUCUGGGCAUACUGCUGCUGCAUUUCACUAUGUCUGUGUAAAAGGCACCAGUAUUAUCAGUAAGGCUUGACAACAGAUUAAUUUUAUUUAAUUUUCCUGACAUUUCUUAGAAACAUGUAAGCACAGCUGUGUUUUAUUUUACUACUCUCCAUCAAUGCAGUCAUAUAGUUUGCAUUAAUAGUUGUGCUGACUUCAGCACCAUCACACAGUCUUCUGUUUCUGUACUUAGAAGAUAUAUUCUAACUGUGUGACUCAUAGUGAGACAACGUCCCAUUGUUAUAUAUAAUCCGAUAAAAGAUAACUGUGAUUUGAGUGCAAAAUAUAACUUUUUAGGUACAAAAAAAUGUAUUGUGUCAUGGUUAUUCAUGGCCAAUUAAUGUAAAGUGUGUAAUUCUAUUUAGGUGGGGUACUGUGGCUGUGUGUGGCAAAAUGCAUAUAUAUGUAUGUAUUUAUGUAUGCAUGUAUGUAUGUAUGUAUGUAUGUAUGUACGUAUGGGGGUUUUCUUCGGUAAACCCAGAGUUUCUGUCGGUCUCCUCCCCUUUUUUAAAGAGGAAGCGACGUUUAAACACCUCAUUCAUUGCCCACAUUUCAGUUACGCAUAGAGCAGCAAAGGGAUUGUGGGAUGUGGUAGCUUAGUGGUUAAGGUGUUGGACUACUGAUCAGAAGGUCAUGGGUUUAAAUUGAAACAAAAUAUAAGUCACUCUGGGUAAGGGGGUCUGCUAAAUGCCGUAAAUGUAAAAUGAAUGAAAUGGCGUGUCCUUAUAUGGAUGAUCCUGUUGAAGAGUCUGUAUUAAUUCUUUUGAGCCCAGAGUGGAUUUUUAUUUGAGCGGUAGCGUUUUUCUUUACAGUCAAUAAGAUCCAUAAUCUCAUCCACUCUUACAAUCCGUGCUCUUAAAUCGGAGCAGAUGCUUUGCGUUGCCUUACGUUUCUUUGCGAAUUGUAGUUUUGUGUAUAACAUCGGGGAUGCAGAACAUAUUAGUAAGGCUACUGUUUGCAGAGCGGUCAGGAAAGUGUGCCUCGCUCUUAAGCGCUUUCUGACAAUUUUUGUGUUGUUUCCUGAUAAAAUAAAAUACUGUUCUUCCGUU